UCCAGAAAACGCGCCUUAGCAUGGGAAUUAAAGGUCUGAUGAAGCUGCUGCAGGAGGAGGCUCCAUCCUGCAUCAAGGAGGUGGAGAAGAUGUCGGCUCUGGCUGGACACGCCGUGGCCAUCGAUGCCAGUAUGGCGCUGUACCAGUUUCUCAUCGCCAUUCGUUCGGCCGACGGGGGAGGACCUUCCCAGGCACUGACAAAUGCAGACGGAGAGGUGACGUCCCACUUGCAGGGUAUGUUUAGUCGCACCAUUCGCAUGAUGGAGAAUGGUUUGAAGCCCGUAUACGUGUUUGACGGCAAACCACCCGUCAUGAAGAGCGGUGAACUGGCAAAGCGCAGCGACCGUCGCCAGGAGGCACAGAAGGCGCUCGAGGAGGCCACGGAGAAGGGCAACGCCGAAGACAUAGACCGUUUUAACAAGCGUCUGGUGCGAGCUACGCCGCAGCACAACGAGGACUGCAAGGAACUACUGAGACUCAUGGGCGUACCGCACAUCACGGCCCCAUGCGAGGCUGAAGCUUCUUGUGCUGCACUUGCCAAGGGCGGGCGAGUUUAUGCCGCUGGCACGGAGGAUAUGGAUGCUCUGACGUUCGGCGUACCCGUGCUGUACCGUCGUCUGACAGUCUCACCUGCUAAGAAGAUCCCUAUCCUGGAGAUCCGUCUGGAGCGUGCACUGCAAGAGCUGGAGAUGACACAUGAGCAGUUCGUGGACUUGUGCAUCUUGUGCGGGUGCGACUACUGCGAUUCGAUUCGUGGCGUUGGUCCCAAGAAGGCGUACGCUGGUAUCAAAGAGCACAAGAGCAUUGAGAACUUCCUUGAGGUUCUGCAGAAGAACAAGAGCAAGGGUGUGGUCAUUCCCGACGAGUGGCUCGGAGAAAACCCCAUCUACAAGAACGCACGCGAGAUGUUCAUUAAGCCUGAAGUUGUGGAUGCUAAAGAGACGGAGAUUAAGUGGCGCGACCCACAGGAGACCGAACUAGUGGACUUCCUGGUCAAGAAGCACGGAUUCCAGGAGGACCGAGUGCUCUCGGCCAUCACGCGACUUAAAAAGUCUAAGAGCACGCAGUCACAGAAGCGACUCGACAGCUUUUUCACGGUGAUGCCGAGCGCUAAUGGUGCUAAGAAGCGUAAGGCACCUGCAGCCAAGGGUGGAAAGAAGGCUGCCACCGCGAAAAAGGGAAAGAAAUAA